CACAUAGUUCGCCCCGCUGGCAUUCCAUUUCAAUUUCCACAGCUAUUUGAUUUUCUUUUGUUUCGCCGCACACAGCUCGAACGACAAACAUCAUCAAUGUGAGUGCCGCGUGGCUUGUGCUGUGCUGCUAGCUGCUCCUGGGGGCAAUGAAAUCGAGGAAGCUGCCCAAGGUUUGUGGCCUCAACUGCUUGACCCUACUCUGUAUACCGUUGGUGUUGCCCAUCCUAAGAUGCACGGCCGUCGGCACCGGCUCAGCCGGCAGCAGCAGCAGCAGCGGCAGCGGCAGCGGCAGCGGCAGCGCCAAUGGCGGAGACUUCGAUUACCGGCUGCAGCGGGUGAGGAACGUGCUGAAGGAGGUGCCGCUAAUCGAUGGCCACAACGAUUUGCCCUGGAAUAUACGSAAGUUCCUCAAGAACCAGCUGAAGGACUUUCACUUCGGCAGCGACCUGCGCGAAAUGGCGCCCUGGUCCUCGAGUGCCUGGAGCCACACGGAUCUGCGCCGGCUCAAGGAGGGCAUGGUCUCGGCCCAGUUCUGGUCCGCCUACGCGCCCUGCUCCUCACAGCAUCUGGAUGCGGUGCAGCUGACGCUGGAGCAGAUCGACUUGAUACGUCGCCUGGUGCAUCUCUAUCCGCAUCACAUGGCCCUGGUCACCAGCGCCGCGGGCAUCGAGCAGACCCAUCGCACGGGCAAAAUCGCCAGCCUGAUUGGCGUCGAGGGUGGCCAUGCGAUCGGCACCAGUCUGAGUGUGCUGCGCAUGUUCUAUCAGCUGGGCGCCCGCUACCUGACGCUCACACACACCUGCAAUACACCUUGGGCGGACUGCUGCAAAGUUGACGAACCGGGCAAGUAUCCGCACAUAGGCGGACUCUCAUCAUUUGGCAAG